GAGAAUAAUGAAGGAAUACAGGGAAAUAAGUCUCGAAAUUUCUUGUUUUGUUUGUUUCUUGGUUAGUUUGAAAUUUCAUUGUCAAAGACAAGAGUUUACAGCGCACAAUGUUUGAAUCAUGUAAAGGUCUUAUUAUGAACACGGAAACAACAGGCAACUCCAGUACAUGUCUAUGUUAUAUAUACACAAGUUCAUCAACACACUUUUGUCCAACUCCAGGCAACAAUUGCGCGCGUUGGGGAUCGAUCGAUCGAUAUGAUUUCGAUUGGAUCAUCUAAUAAUGAGUCGAGAGUCGAACCCUCCAACAACCCCACACCCACGUUGUCGUCGGCAGAAAAAGUCGUUGCCAACGGUGACGUAUUAACCGGAAUCCUCAUCCGUCUACCGGUAAAGUCUCUCCUCCGCUUCAAAUUCGUCUCGAAAAACUGGAACUCUUUGAUUUCCAGUCCCCACGUCGCUCGCCUCUGGAACCCCGACCCUUGUUCUGUUUCUGGCCUAUUCUUGCACCCUACCAAACAUGGUACUUGUCUGUUCCGCUGGAGCGAGCGUACAAAACACCUCAACCUUGGACUCGAAUUCAUCCCUCUCAAGAAUGGGAAAGCCCCAGCUCAUGAACCUGAUGAUCAUGAUGCCUACAUCAAAUCUCUCACGCGUUUUCCGAAUCUCUCCGAUGUUAUAGUCUUAAAUUCAUGUCAUGGACUCUUAUUUUGUUUAGGCUAUAACGAGGUUGAGGGUAAAGGCGGACAUCAUAUCCUUAAUCCUACAACCAAACAAUUCAAAACACUUCCCCAGCCCCAUCAAGAUGGCCUUGAAGAUCUAUGCUUAGCUUACGACCCAUCAGAAUCACCUCACUACAAAGUCGUUGGCCUCUGGAGAUCGGUUUCUAUUUCGCAGUGGGAGACCUACUACCACAUCGAUAUAUAUUCAUCUGAGACCGGCUCUUGGAGGCCUUCCGGGAAUUCUUACACGGUUGACGAGGUUGAUUUCCCUGAGACCUCAUUUCAUGGUGGGGUUUAUUGGAACGGAGCGGUUAACUGGUUGAACUUGGGGCCGGGGGAUUCAUUGUACUUCCACAUCGACCAAGAACAGCUGGGGACCAUACCGAUGCCUCCUGCUCCUCACGGGAAGUGGUGGUAUGACAGAGCGUACCUGUAUUACGGGAAGUCCCGCGGCCAUUUGCACCUCUCUGAGAUGUACAAUCAAACGACCCGGCUAACGGUUUAUGAGAUGGAGAGAGACUACUCCGGGUGGUUCGUGAAGUACAACGUUGAUAUAGCUGCGGUUGGAAUCGCUUUUCCUGAACUGGUGCAGAUUCCUAAUAACUGGUACAUCGGGUGUAGUGUUCUUGAUAUUGUACGCGAAGAAAGUGAUGAGGAAUCGUAUAUGGUGAUUUCCGUAGGUGGAAAGUUUGUCGAAUACGGACUUGUUGACGGGAGUUUCAAAACCAUAUGUGAUGCUUCACAGCACAAUGAUGGCGACGAUCCUUUGCUAUACUACCACUGGUGUAAUUCUCAUGAAUAUAUCGAAUCGCUCUCUUGUAUUUGACGGGUGUUUUUUUUAACAACCAUUAAUUUACUGGUUCCGUUCUUACCCUCGUGUUUUGAAAUCAUAAGCAACUUUUGCUGAAAUAUUGUGAUUUGUGAGUCUGUGUCUUAGUUUCAAACACGACGUUAAGAUGACUCAGCUACCAUUGUAUUGAACUGGAACUGAUGUAUAAAAAGUACAUUUGCGUUGCUGAUGACAA